AUGAGUUGUACUGUUUGGUGGGAAGGAGCUGAGAAGACAAGAGUUUUCAUUGCCUCAGAUUCAGGUUGUGGGGGAAACAAACCCGGAGAACUAUUAACACUUCGGCAUCCAAAAUCAGGUAAUGGCAUUAUCUUUGCUUAUAUGGCAAAGAAUGAAACAUGCUACCUUUUUAGUAAUGGGAUGCUUCAAGAAAUUCAAUGGUUUAUACAAUCAUAUGGUUCUUGGUUUCUGGGAGAUUACAUUUCUCAAGAUGGAAGCAUAUAUAUGGCUACUCCGGUUGAUCAUGUCUUCAUCUUGUUGCCUAUUUUCGACGAAGCAAGAAUGAAGAUCACUCACUCUUUCAGGCAGCUGGAUGAGAUUUUAUUUGUGGAAGGAUGUCCUGAAUAUCAGCAUUUGUUGUCACUUGCAGAGAAGUGUAUGGAGAUCGUUUGUCAAACUCAAGAGGUUGGAUCUAUGAAGUUCUAUCGGCUUGAUAACGCGAGAGUUUUAGCUUGGUUAAGUUGUAAGGUGCGCUGUUUAAAGAAGACUCUUCCAGAACUGGACAAGAACUAUGCAGCUAAAGGCGAGAAGCAAACACUGGUGGAUGCAAUUUCAAUUGUGGGAGAGUACCUGAAGACAGAGCCUUGGUUGAAGCUUCUCUAUGAUCAUCUUGGACUCGAGUUUGUUGACCCGACGAUGAAAGUAACCAAUACGGAGAAUCUUCCAAACGCAAAUGAGAAUAAGAUGGAAUACUCAAAUUCAUUACAGGGGUGUAGAUGCUCCACUGCAAAACCUAUAGACAAGUUUCAUAUCAUUUGUGAGAAAACAAACAAGAAGAUAGGAAAGCCUGGGAAGCAGAUAAAGCCAGCAAAGGUAGAGACUGGAUCAAAGAACAUAAGAGAUAUGUUUUCGAGGGCUUGUAAGAAAAAAUGCUGA